GUACAUUUUUGAGUUGCUCAGCUUGUUGACGUGUAAAACUAUUUGCUGUCAAAAGAUUAAGACAUCAUGUUAAAAGCAGUUAUCUUAAUCGGUGGGCCGAUGAAAGGAACCCGUUUUCGACCCUUGUCAUUGGAUAUUCCAAAACCCUUGUUUCCAGUAGCUGGUUUUCCUAUGGUGUAUCAUCACAUUGAGGCAUGCACAAAGGUGAAAGACUUGAAGGAGAUCAUACUGAUUGGCUUUUACCAGCCGAACGAUGCACUCAGCAAGUUCAUCCUCAACUGCCAACAAGAGUUUCAGAUCCAGAUCAGAUAUUUGCAAGAGUACACUGCGCUGGGCACAGCAGGUGGUAUCUACCACUUCCGGGACCAGAUUCUCACCGGCAAUCCCAAGUGUUUCUUUGUGAUGAACGCCGACGUCUGUGGUGACUUCCCCUUGGCCGAAAUGCUCGACUUUCACCACCAGAGACCCGAGGGAGCGUGUGGAACAAUCCUAGCCACAGAGGCAACAAGACACCAGUCUCUGACCUAUGGUUGCAUUGUAGAAAAUCACGACACACAUGAGAUUCUCCAUUACGUUGAAAAGCCAGAGACAUUCGUUAGUACGACUAUCAACUGCGGAAUAUACCUUUUCUUUCCCCAAAUAUUCGAAAAACUUGAGGUGGCAUUCAAACAGAAUUUGGAAGAAAACUAUAAUUGCGGAGAAUUUCUUAGUUUUGAUUUCCACACUCCGUCGAAGGAAGUGAUUCGGAUGGAGCAGGAUAUCUUUGUGUCUCUCGCCAACCGCGGGAAACUGUUCGUGUUCAAAGACACGUCGAGAUUCUGGAGUCAGAUCAAAUCAGCAGGUGCCGCAGUGUAUGCAAAUCGCCACUACCUGGCCAUCUACAAAAACACACAUCCAGAGAGACUGGCGGUGAAUGGUGACGGCAAACCUCGAAUCAUCGGAGACGUUUUCAUCCACUCUACAGCAUCCGUGAACCCGUCGGCUGUGCUUGGACCCAACGUAACGAUUGGCCGACACGUAACCGUGGGCGAGGGCGUCCGCGUGAGGGAGUCCAUAGUCUUAGAAGGAGCAACACUGCAGAACCACUGCUGUAUUUUGCACACGAUCGUGGGCUGGCACAGCUCCAUCGGCCGAUGGACGCGCGUCGAGGGAACUCCCAACGAUCCGAACCCAAAUAAACCGUUCGCCAAGGUGGAGGUCCCAGCCAUGUUUACACUGGAGGGCAAACUGAACCCCUCCAUCACAGUGAUAGGUUCCAAUGUUCAAGUGCCAUCCGAGGUGAUUAUCCUCAACUCCAUAGUUCUACCACACAAGGAUCUCAGCGGCAGUUACAAGAACCAGAUAAUUCUUUGAUGGAGUCUCAUGUCAUAGUUGUUUAAUUUCAAAAUACCAUAAUACGAUACUGCCAUAACACAGUCUUGCAUCGUAGUUGUUUUAUUUGAAAAUACCAUAAUGCCAUAUUGAAAUUGAACAGUCCUGCAUCACAGCUGCUGGAUUUGAAAAUAUCAUAUUGGCAUCAUGCAAUCUCACAUCAUAGCUGUUUAAUUUCAAAAUGCCAUACUCUCCUCACACAGUCUCAAGUCAUAGCUGUUUAAUUUCAAAAUACCAUAUUGUCAUCACACAGUCUCAAGUCAUAGCUGUUUAAUUUCAAAAUGCCAUACUGUCAUCACACAGUGUCUCAAGUCAUAGCUGUUUAAUUUCAAAAUGCCAUACUGUCAUCACAGUCUCAAGUCAUAGCUGUUUAAUUUCAAAAUACCAUAUUGUCAUCACACAGUCUCAAGUCAUAGCUGUUUAAUUUCAAAAUACCAUUAUGAUAAUGCUGUCCUCACAGUCUCGCAUCAUAGCUGUUUGAUUUUAAAAUAUAUGUAUCAUAAUACUUCCACUUCAAAAUCCAUAGUCCUAGAAGAAGCAUUUAGAUUGGAUGCAGCGCACGUUUGCUCUUGCGUCUGCCUCGUGCGUUUGGAGCAGUUGCGUUUCAUCCACAAUUAAUAAACAAAGAAGUUAAUUGUAGCCUCACAUGCCUCAACUCAUAUGGAAUGUGUGUCUGUGACAAAAUGGACCCAAACGCUAGAUCCAUAAACAAUUACAGUACACAACAUAACAUUGAAGUCAACCAACCACCCAUGGGUGGUUUUGUUAAAGUUGGUAAUUAUACUUGCAGAUGAACACACCAAUACAGUCACUGUGGUAAUUACACAGCAACUCCAAAAUGAACGAACUGUUACACUAACUAUACAGUCCGUAAAACAAAACGAAAUGCCAUUUUUCCUGGUCUAAGAUCGAAUUGACCCAGUGUUUGAAUGGUGUAUUAAAUAGAACCAUGCCAGCCUUUGGUGAGAUGUGUUGCUGUACUUGUAAAAUGGUCUUUUAUCUGGUUAUAAAUUCCUGUAUUUUAAUUUGAACUAGUGUUACUGUACCAGCUAGGAGCAUAGCCCAGUGGUAAAGCGCUCGCUUGAUGCACGGUUGAUCUGUGAUCGAU